UUUUCCUUUCUAUAACUAUUACUCGUAUUAUAUUAUAAUUUUUACUGUUGGAAAAUAUAUUUAUCACAACAAUUUCGUCUCAUUUUCAUCAUAUCAUGAGCUGAACGGACCUUCUUUUCCUACGGGUCCGAUUGAUGUUGUUUUUAGUGGAGGAGGGUUGAUGAAUUAUUGUGAAAUUAAGCCGAGGGAAAAAGUUAGGGCAUGAAUAGUUAUAUAUCAAUAUGAGGAGGUGAAAAACUAAAACUUAUGGUCAAUAAAAGGUGGCAUUGUUUUUCUUGGUGUUUUGACUGAUAUUUGGUCUGAAUAUGGAAUCAGAAAGCAUGCAUCCUUCAACGAGUGUGGUCAAAUGUUGUGAAUGUGGCUGUAGUUAUUGUGAUCCGAGAAACGGGUCUUAUUCUGGGACAUGGUUACGGUCUGUGAAACGAAAGGUAGACGAGUUUGAAGAAGAUGGUGAUAAAUUCUUCAUACCAGGUCUUGUAAUUCCUUCUGUGGCACGUGUUGAGAUUGAAAAUGAAUGUGAUGUGUUACGUGAAAUGGUUAGCAAUCAACAACAAACAAUUCAAGAUCUCAUUGCUGAUUUGGAAGAGGAAAGAUAUGCUUCUUCAUCAGCUGCUAACGAGGCCAUGUCGAUGAUCUUGAAGUUGCAGCGUGAAAAAGCUGAAGUUCAAAUGGAAGCUCGACAAUUUAAGAGUUUUACAGAAGAGAAAAUGGCUCAUGAUCAGCAAGAACUUAUGGCAUUAGAGGAAUUGCUGUACAGAAGGGAGCAAUCUAUUCAAUCGUUGACUUGUGAAGUGCAGGCGUAUAAACAUAGAAUGAUAAGUUUUGGGCUUACAGAAUCAGAAGCAGAUGGUGAGAAAACUUUCUUGACUCGUGAGAAUAGCGUCGCUAUAAAUUUAGAAAGCCAGUUUGAUUUUCCAUCAUAUGAUUACCCUCCUUUAAAGUGCAACAAUCUGAAUGAAAAUCAAGUCUACCCGGAUAACGAUAAUGAAACAGUUGAUAUAGAGAAGUAUGCAUUUGGUGAAACCCCAUAUUCUUUAAAGGAUAUAGAAGAAAGAAUUAAUCAGUUGGAAAGAAGUCCCGGUCAUAGUACACCGGUCCUCGAGAAAGUUAUAGUUGGUCAUUCUCCAAUGAAGAAACAUUCGAGGAGAUUUUCAGGUGAUAGUGCUGGGUCGUUUUUUGCAACUAUCAAGGAAGAUUUGGCACCAGAUUAUUCUAGGACUGGAAACGAAUUUCCUAGUCUCAAAAAGGUGGAAACUGUAUCAGAAUAUGGAGAUGAGAUGAGUGAUAGAAUUUAUACUAUUGAUAUUAUACAUAACCCAAUUAAUGAUCCUAAGGCUAAUAUUGGCACUUAUGAUGAUUUCAUGAGUAGUCCUAGGGAGUCAUCGUCUCAAAAUGAUAUUGAAGAUCCAGAAGUCAAGAAGCUAUAUGCUAGACUUCAUGCACUUGAGGCAGAUAGGGAAUCCAUGAGGCAGGCACUUAUUUCUAUGAGAACUGAUAAUGCCCAACUGGUAUUGCUGAAAGAAAUCGCUCAACAUUUAUGCAAAGAGAUAUCCCCACCAAGCAGGAUGCCUGUCAAGAAACCCUCUUCUGGUGUGGCUUCGUCUUUCUUCUCGGUUUUCAAGUGGAUUGCAUCAUUUAGUUUCUGGGGAAGGAGAAGACAAAGGAACAAGCACAUAUUUGCUGCGUUGGCGAACAAUGCAGGCUUGCUAAUACUUCUCGACAAGGGACCUCAAAUGGGACAAUGGCGGUGCCUUUCAAGCACACAAGUUUGAAAACCCGAUAGUUACAACUAUCCGUAUCCAUCUCUGUGCUCAAGCAUCCAUCCAACUCGUCGACAAAUACCACUCUCAUUCUUUUAGAAUAUUUUAUUCUUUUUUAAAUUUAUGUUUCCCAUAUCUUUAUGGUAUCUGUUUUUAUCACACCAUUGGGUGUCUAGUUAGUUAGCUAGGUGUCAUUUGUCAUUUUGUUGCAUGGGUGGAUAAGGAUGUGGUCGUUAUAAGAUCUGAUGAAAUUUAGCCGGUAAGUGGAAUGGUAAUUUUGCUU